GAUCGGGGCGAGCUCGCGUUCCUCCGUCUCCUCGUCGCUCCUUGUCCCGCUCCGGGCCGGCUGCCGAGCGGGAUCCCUGCGGGACUGGAGGCACCGGCGGCCCCGGGGGGCGGGACGUGGCCCCCGAGGGCCCCGGCCGUGCGGCCUUUGGGCGGGCCCGUGUGGGGACGGGGGUGGUGGGUGCUCCCUCAGCGCUCCGGGGUUGUUGUUCGCGGUGUUCAGUGGCAGCGGCGGGGCCGCGCAUAAAGCCUUUAUCGCUCAGAACCACAGAAUAGUUAAGGCUGGAAGAAGCCUCAGGCCUCCAGUCCGACCCCCCUGCCAAGACAGAGUCUCCUGGAGCGGGUGACACCGGACACGCGUCCCGGUGGGUUUGGAAUGUCUCCAGCGUGGGACACUCGACACCCUUCCUUGGCAGCCUGUUCCAGUGCUCUGACACCCUCCGUGUAAAGUUCUGCCUCAUGCGGAGGAUUUCAGAGGAAUCUUUUAAAUGAAGGUUUAGAAGACAAGACUGCUUGCUGCUGAGACUCUUUUUUUAUUAAAAUACUGAAUAUUCAUUUUAAAUGGCAAAAAAUUUACGGCUGGAAUAAUUCCCCAGAUUUUUUUCAUGCAUUUGGAUCUUUUCUGCUUACAAAAAAUAUUUUAAUCAUGAGCUGUGGGAAGGAUUUUGUGGAAACUCUUAAGAAAAUUGGAUAUCCAAAAGCUGAUGAGCUUAAUGGAGAAGAUUUUGACUGGAUGUUCGAGUCUUUGGAAGACAGGUCGUUUCUGGAGUGGUUUUGUGGAAACAUAAAUGAGCAGCAUGUGGUAUCUGAAAAAGAACUGCAAGAUUUUGAUAAUCUUCUCGAGUGUGGUAAGCCCAUCUUGGAAGGAGAUGCACUGGAUGAAGCUCUUAAAACAUUGAGGCCGAUGGAUUCAAAGAACAGUAACCAAGAGGAGGAGGAGGAAGAGGAGGAACUGAAGGAAUUAGAGGAUGAGCUUCAAACUCUUCAGCAGUUAAAAAAACUUCAAAUUCAUCACCAUAAUAAGCUUCAACUGAUGGUCACUGCAAACAGCCAUGUGUUACAAACACUGCAAAGCAAAGAGGAAGAAGCACAAAAAGAUUUGAAGGAAGCGCUGGAAGUGUUUAUUGCAGCAAACAAGAAUCUUGACAGCGAACUGCAGUCUCUUAUGGAUGCAGCAAAGAAAUUUGCCUCUUUCUUCACAGCUUCAGAUUCAGAAAAUCCAGUGUUUUUUUCCCAACUUCCUUUGGAUAAGUAUUUUGCUCUGGAAGAACAAAACACUGCAGCACUUACCUCACACAUAAAAAACCAUUUUUAUCAAGGUAUGUCUGAAUGUGUUGAAAAUUCACAUGAAGACAGCUUUCAGCUUGAAGAUUUAAGCAAGCGAGUCACUUGUGAGGGGACUGAUGAAGUUUCUGAAGAGAGUCAAGAGGUAGCCAGGCUCCAGACAGCAUAUAUUUGUGCUCAGCAUCAACUAAUUCAGCUACAGGCUCAAGAGGAGGGCAUGAAAUCAGCUAUCAAAUGUGCAGAGAGCAUGCUGCAGUCCUUGGACAAGGAUAUUGGACAACAAGAAAACCUCGAUGCCAAAAUGUCUAGUUUAAGUGAUGAAAUUUCAACAAUUAAACGAGAUAUAGCUCAGAUAAACAGCGAGGAGCUGCUUCCCCUUCUGAAAGAGAAAGCACAACUCUUGACUGCGCCGGUGCUGAAAGCCUACUUGGAUCAUCACAUUGCUCAGCAGGACUGUUAUGUUGCAAGACAAGAUGAAAUGUGCAGGCACUUGAUGAGACAGAAAACAUCGUUUGAACUUAUUGAGCUGGGCUGUAAAAUGGAGAUGAAGAAACACCAGGAGAUCAGCAGUCAGCUUGAGAAUUUGGUAGAAUCUCUGAGGAAGAGCACUGAUGAGUUGCAGCAGAGACUACAGGCCAUAACUGAGCGAAUUCAACCUGCAAAACCAAAAGAUACUAUUAGUCCAGAGGAUGGUUUCGCUUGCAGGCUAUAUCAGCUCCUAGAAGGAGGAAAUAACAAACAGCAGUUAUUUAAAACAUACAAAAACCUGGAGCAGAUGGCUCAGAAGUUAAAGCAAGACUGUGCUACGGUACAAGAGCAGAUAGCAGCUUCUUCUCAAGAGCAGUCUCUCCUUUUGUCCAACCUGGAAAGAGAUGUAGAUACCCUUCGUGCUUCUCUGUAUUGUGGAGGAAAUCAGAUACAGCUCCGUAGUCCGGAACUUACUGAGCUGUUUCAUCAACUGGAAGUUGAUAUAAAUAAACUAAAUCAACUCCUUAUGGAUCUGGUUGCUGAUCUGAAGUUGAAGAAAAGCAUUCUGGAGUCCAACAAGCUGCAACAGAUGGAAAGAGACUUGUAUGUGUAUUUUUUCAAAGAUGAAGAUCACUUGAAAGAGAUGGUGGAGAAUCUUGAGCAGCAGUCUCAAGCUAAAGUCAGUGGUCUGGAAGACGAGAAUUUCACAGCCAAUGGAGUUCCUAAUGUCUAAAUUUCAUUGUACUCCUAAGAAAGGAAAACCUUAGUGUAAACUGUCUACAAGUCUGUGGAAUAAUAAACAUUAGCUUGUCCAGGCUGACAUUUACCUGUCCUGCAGUGUGUUUGUUACCAUUGGAUUGGGUGCUGCUUUGCAGGCUUUGGCAUCUGCCUGCUGAGUUCAGUCUCACUUUUGUCACAGCUCUUGGAUACAAAGUAAUCCACUGUUUAUUUGAAAGAAUUAUGUUCAGGCUGCCCUUCUCCUGGCCUGUAGGUUCAUUACUGCUGCACACAGUAUAGCACCAAAAGGAGCAUUUCAUACCCCUAAGUUUUCUUGCAUGCUGAGAACCUUUGACUGUGAACCACAAAAUAAAUGUGGAGGAGGCAUUCCAGAUUUUGGAACAUGAGUGUAAUGUGCUCAUAGUGAAGAGGAGAGUUCUUCAAGGCAGAUAUUCCAUGAUUGUUUCCCUUACAGUUCUAAGAAGAUUUGGUUUUGUUAAAAAUGUGUUGGAAUAUGUACCAGAAUCUGUUUUAACUACCAAGACCAUCUGUUUUAAGACCAUUCCAGCAUGUCUUAAUUUAAAUUAUGGCCUGUCUUCUCCAUUGAAACCAGUCCAUACUUAUACUGGGCUUGUCAAAGAAGAAGAAUUUUGAACUUAUCUUUUGGACUUCUGAGUUUGCUCUGUAAUUUGUAAUGAUAGGCAUUUCAAUUCAGAGUGCUGAUACUUUCAUACUUCUGCUUUCAUGUGCAUUGUUAGCCUGUUUAUCAAAUUUUUGUAUAGCUUCCUAAUAUACCAAUGGAACUAAAUAGGCUUUUAUGGUAUGAUAACUUCCAGUCUUUUGUAUUUUGAUGGGAUCAGCUGUGCUUACUUUCAAGCACUGUACAUAUUGAUGAAGGUUAGUGUAUCAGCAUUAACUUCAGUAACAGUAGUCUUUAAACUAUUUUGAUGGCAGACUUUAACUUUUAUGUGAGCAUAACUUAUUUUGAAAUGUUUAAUUUUUUUUUUAUCAUACUGUUAUAAGUGUCUUUAUGUCUCUGGAUUUCAUGUUGCUUAACUCUAUACUUUGUAUUUAUUAUGAAAUACCAAACUAUAAAUUCAUUCAGUGCGGUCAAUAUUUACGGUGAAUCUGUGUGUUGGUUUUAGGCCUGUUCUCAGGCAGAGUGUCUUGUUUAUAUUUAGUCUGCUGGGUUCUCAUUUUGAUCUGCCCCUCAGGCUGUGAUUGCUGCUUCCCACCCUGAGAAGUCAGGGAGCACUUUAACCCCGUGUAGGAAAGUGUUGCUCUUAAUUAUAAAAGUUAGAAGGAGUUGUGUGCGGAGACAGAUUAUAUUUCUGACUCCUGGAACAUCCUGGAAAAGGAAGCCAUUCUGCCUCUCUCUUGCUUUCCUUCACACACUUACUAAUUUGAGCUAGAUAGAUACAGCCAGUUCUAGUGCAGCAGGGUGGAUGUUCCUCCCUGAAUCGAGAUACAAAUGUUUGCACUUGUAAGUAUUCAAAGCUGCAAUCUGCCUAUGGUCUUGAGCUAAGAAAAAUAUUUCCAUGCAAGCAAAGGAACUACUGUUUGCAUGAUGGUUAAACUUGGUGGUCUGCUCAUGCACUGGAUUUAGUGGAGAAGACCAGAGCAGCAGGACUCCAGUUGCUACCUUGUAUAGGAAUAAUUUAGUAAACAGCAGUUUUUGGUGGAGCAAUUGACUUGGACAACUUGGAUCCUUUAAGUAUUUUGAAAAUGUUGGAUAUUUCUGCUGUGUUUUUGUUAAGUUUUAUGCGUUCUUCUGUAAAAAAACCCUGUAAAAUAACAAGGCAUCAACGUGGACACCAUUAUUUGUGAUUCUCCAGUGUGAGUUGUAUCUAGGGAUUCUCCGAGUAUUUUGUAUGUAAUACAAAAUGUAUGUAAUUGUAUGUAAUUGGCCAGGUCAUCUGGAAAAACUACUCCUUCUCAGAAAAGGAUAAAGUUUAGGACAACAGUGGUGGUCAAAGCUUGUAGAGACUAUAGAUGUUGCCGACCAUUUUCUCAAACUGACCAACUGUAGUAACUAUUUUAAAGUUACUUGUAUAUAACAGUGCUUGAGUGCAUCAAUUAUAGAAAAUUUAAGAAAUAGAGGUCUUUUAUGAUAAGUAUUUUCUGAAACAGCACAUAAUUAAUGGUUGUUUACCAUGCUAGUAAUGCAUGUUUCUUUCAUCUUGUGUUGGCUCAAUUUUGGCAGUUACUUGAUGAUUGUUUUUUUCCUAAUAAAAUCCAAGCACCAAUAACAGUAACUGUAUGCAUGUGCUACAUUGGUUUAAAGAUACUGAGGGGGGAAAGCAUGUCAGACAUACAUCAAAUUCUUGAUUUAUUUGCUAGAUUUUUUUUUUCUGGUACAAGUUAGCUGUACUUAAGAGUGCUGAUUUUUUUUUUUAUCAGUGUAUUAAAACACUGUUUUAAAGAUACCAGCUUUUAAAAAUUAUUACGUUUUUAUGUGCAGUAUGUUACUAACAGACGUGUCUGGGAGGAAAUGUAAUUUUCUAUUGAGAAUAAAUGGUUGAACACAUUCACUAUAUUUUGAACAGAAUAUAAAUGAUAAUUGUGGCCCUGAUUAAUUAAUAAAUUGUGUAUUCUGUGUAUAGGUUUAAUCUUAAAAAUGGAGCGGUGCAUGUACAUAGGAUGUGAGAUUUCUAAAGUGCCUUUAUCUGAUACUGCUCAGAGGAUUAUGACAGCUCUGCAGUCUAUUCCUGUAGAAGUUCAGACAAACAGAGACAAUAACCAGAGUAAGUCUUAGCCUUUCUAAGUGUUUUUCAAUUGAAAAAUUGAAACACAAACAAACAAAACCAUAUCAAACCUCUAGUCUUUAUUUUUAAUUUGGGAAAAAAAAAAGGUGAGAUUUUAGGAUUACAGGUGUAGAAAAGGAAUUAAGCUGUAACUGUGAUAUUUUGUGGGACUUUUCUGAUUAAAUAAUGUUAUGUGAGUGCAAAGAACAGUACCCUCAAUUUAAUUUUUUUCUUUCUGUUCCUGUGUGGUGUGGAAGUAGAUGAGAAUUUCAAACUGUUACUUAACUAAUACUUUAAAAUACCAUAAAUUAUAUGUAUACAUGAGCAUGACUCUGGAGUAGAUGUUUGAAGAUCACUAGAGGUACUAGGAACUCACCAGGUGGCCUGUGAACUCUCCAGACUCAUGUCUGUGCUUUAAACACGUGUUCAUUAGAAAUGAGCUCCUUGUGAAAUUCUAGGAGGAAAAGUGAACAAAAGUCCCAGUGAAAGAGCAAAUUAGGUAAUGUUACAAGUGCCUCAGCAGAUCUUUCUGUUGGGCAAAUCUUACCCAGAACAUUAUGGAUGCUGGGGAGGUUUUGCAAGAUGUAAUUUUUAUUCUCAAUCCUAUGCAUUUUGUAGUCUGUCAGUCUGGUAGCUCUGGAAGGAAGUAAAUAGAAAGUUAGAGUUUUGCUCAAGUUCAGUUGUCUGUUUUCUCCUGAGAAUUAGAUCCUGGAAUAUUGUUUAAAUGAUGGGAUAUGUGUAAAUUGUGUUUUUUGCAGUCUCAGUUUUGUAUAAAUUAGGGUUCAGACUCCUCUGUCAGUAGUAAAGGUUGGACCAGUGGAGCCUGGUGGUACAGCAGUGACAAGGAUAGUAGUUCAUUGUCAAUCAGUGAUACACAUUUGAAGAAAUGAGAUAAGUUCAUUUUAAAAUGGUACAUUGUACAUGGUACGUCUGGGACCAAAACCCAGAUGAUUUUAAACAAAAUCAGAUCUCUUUUCAGCCUUGGUUUAAUUGCCAUUCUGCUUCUCCUGCUGCCGUGUAAUUUUCCCUGCCUUAAUUUUCCUGAGUAAUAUUUUUUGUCUUACACUGGGGCACUCUCAAUACUAUGCAACAGUUAUCACGUUUUAUUGUCUGCUCUUGAUCCAUUCACUCUCUCUCCAGGUGUAAAAUUACCGAUUCUUGUUUUUUUUGGAACACCAGGAAGGUGUCUGGUAUCUUUAACCAAAUGAGCUUGUUGUCGUCUCUGUAGUGCUGUUAAACCCCUGUUUAUUGAGGAAAGAAAGAACAGUAUAAGCAUUUUGUAGCAGCAGGUCACAUGACAAGAUUUUCUUGCUCUUGUUUUCAUGCAGUAAUUACUCAACAAUUGUUUAAAGUGUACAGAGUUUAACAGACCUAUUUGAAUUGCUCUUGAGAAAUCGCAUAUCUGUCUGUAUCUGUAUCUGUAUAGCUUUAGUGUGGAUCUGGAAAGAAGAAAAAGUUCACCUCUCUUAAAAACAAAACCAAACAGAAACCUGUCAUGUUAUUUGGUCUGUUUCAAACUGUAAUAAACUGUGUUUUACUGAUAGAUUUUUAAAUUCUACUUAAUGGAAAAACUGUUUGUCUUUUAGAAAGUAAAUAUUGGGCUCAAAUAGAAUAAAGAUCCGCAAUUUUGACCUAGUUGGUGAAAUUCUGGGGUUAUCUUGGCAGUGGGACUGUAAUGUUUCCAUCAAGCCUCAAGGAGUUGGAGGGCAAGGACGGGUUUCUGCUGCCAUCUGGUGAUACUUUGCUGUAAUUCAGAAAUUGGAAGUCGCAUAUCUCUUCGAUCUGUCAUACUGAUUGCUGUGUGCUGGAGCAGAGAAAUGUAAUCCUCAUCAUUCUCUCUGGAGGGUGGAUUUGUCAAGAAAAAGUAGCUUGGUGUGAAACAAUUAAAAGCACUGAAUGUAGACUCAGAUACUAUCAUUCUUAAUUUAUAAUCUUAUUGUUGUAGAAGGUGUAAAGAAAACCAAACCUAAAAUGUUUGAAGCUGCAAAUACAGCUAUACCAUGUUGGUUGUUCUAACAGCUCAGGUUAGAAGUCUGAGCUGGAGAUAAAUGGCUGAUCAUACACUUACACCAACAUGUAAUAAAGAGCUUAGUUUCUUCUGGAAAAGGCAUUUUUUUAGAUUUUAAGUACACGGUCUUGAUUUGCCCAGAUGAACAUUUUUUAAAACAGUUUUAUUAAAUAGAAAUAGAUCACCUUAUGCUCUGUUUGGCAUCGGUCAUCAGUGUGUUAGAUUCAGAAAGUGUCUUGCUGCUGGUAAUGCAAAUUCAUAGCUGACAAAGUCAGUUUAGUCUUGUACUCAGUGUGGGGGGACAAAAUACAUACUUUGCCCAUGAGGUGUCUUUUGGCUGGGUGUGCCAGACCCAGCAUGGGUGGCCAUCCUGCUUCUCCUGGCACUGGUAUCACCUUACCUUUCUGUCAGUUUGUAGGUCUGAAUUUCCCCUCACUCUCUGUUCUUGUCUGGUCUUACAAUACCUGUUCUGUUGCAGGAUGAACAAUGUGAAAAGGUUAUCCCCCUGCAGGUGAAACAUGGUCAGUUCGCUGUGGGGCAUGACAUGUUAAAGUCAUAUAUGCAAAUAGUGCUUUGUAGAACAACACUAUUGUGGAAUAAUAUUACCUAAUUCCAAGACAACAGUUAAAAUGUGUAAUGUUUGUAGGGUUUGGUUGCUUCUUCUUCUUCAUGCCCAUGCCCCAAGCUUUACUUUGACCAAAAUGGUUUGUGUUUUCUUGAAAGAAGGAAAUAUGCCUGUUUGUGGAAUUAUAGCAGUGCCUCUUCUGAGCACCGUGGAAAUUGUUUGUCUGCUUUGUAGAAAAUUUAAUUUUUCUUAAUGGUGACAAAACAGGCUUUUGCAUAUGCAUAUUUCAGAACCUGCAGGGCCCUUUUAAGCAUGAAUGAUACUAAUUUGCUAAAGUGAUUGUUGAGGAAAAUUUCAGUACAAUUGUUUUAGGUUUGGUAAAAGUCGCAGUAAUAGUACUCUGUAUGUAACCUAAGUUAUGUGCACUGCUUGCAGAUUCAUUUGUAUUGUAAAUUGUUUCUUCUUUUUUAAAGGUAUAGAGAAGACAAAGGACAAUAAAGUAGGUGAUAAGGAUGCACAUCUGAGAAAUGAAAAGGCAAGCAUUUUGUGAGAUUGAAACCCACUAAAAGCAGUCUUUUUAUAGCAGGUUUGGUUAUACACUGUGUUCUUUCAUAAGAAGCUUUAUCACAAUAUAUUUUAUACACUCAUAGCUCAGGUAGCUUUUACUGUCUUGUUUUGCACUUGGCAUGUAUUUUACCCAUGGGAGUCUUGGCCCCACUUUUGUUACCCUUUCCACAGGAAGUUGUUUUUUUAUGACAGAGGGAUCAGAAAUGAGGUUGCCACAUUCAGGCAGUUACCAGGGUUUAGAAAUGUUCUCAGACUUCUGUCACUGGACAACCACAAGCACAUAAUCAUAAAGUGAGCUGAUUCAGAUGAAAAAUUACUCUGUACUAGGAAGUUAAAUUUUGGGUUUAAUCAUCUCUCUCAAUUUGGCCUGAUGUGCAUGUGAGUGAGAGCCAGGGCAGGAGUGGGAAUGGGAAACUGCAGCAGCCCCAGCUCAGGCUCUGAGUGUAACACCCACUGGGUCGAUCAAUGAGUUGCAGAUGCUGCAAGUGUGCUCCUGUCCCAGCUGCAGGUUUCACAGCCUUACUCAGUCUGACACUGGUGCAUGUUGCACACUUCAGCAGGUCCCUUCAGGCUGCUCAGGAUGCAGAAAACUGCUUUCUUUUAUGGAGUGGGAUAGCUUCCUACAAAUUGACAUUGGCUCAUAGAUGCUCAUGCAGCUGUGGGUGCACAUGGGUAGUAGUGGAACCCCUUUUUGUGAUGAUGAGAUGCUAAUUUUGACUCGCUGCAUGUAGUGAAAUCUUCCUCCAUUGACAUAAAUGAUGAAACUACAUCCUGGGAGUUUUCUCUACUUCCAGCCACGUCAUUAUUUCUAAUAGAAGAUCAGUUCUUUGCGGAAGCUGCUGUUUCUCCCUGUGGUUAAUUGUAGCGCCAGCUGUAUUAUUCUGACUGAAUAAUUAAAUUGCCUUGUUCUUAUUUUUUAACCUUUGAAAGAGAAUUGCUUAUUCCUGAUUUUUUAAUUACUGGAGCGUCGUAAUUCAAAUUCUGCUGUGUUAAAUGAUAAAAGUAUUUGCAGUUUGACUGGAGAAUACACUUGAGUGAAUUAGUUGUCUUUCUAUGGCUCUUAAACAUAUUAUUUUUCCACUUCUGGUAACUUUAUAGUGUCCACUUUUUGAUUGUUAUUGUCUAAGCCCAUUUAAUUUGUCUUCAUUGAGAACAACCACUAUUCAUUUGGGUAGUAGCAAAAGCUUAAUUAGCUUCCUUUUUCUGUUUACUUAGAACCUGUGGAGUUGAUCCUGUGAAGUAUGAUCUCAAGCAGUCUUAAGCCUUUUUCAUCCUUUGACUCCAUAGUUCUGAGGUUUGGGUGUGUGGGAACUGUGUUGAGGAAUAUUGCAAAACUGAAAAACCCCCAGACUUAUUGUCUUUGUCGUUGUGGCUGGUUUAGUCUAUGCAGAUCGGGUAGAGAUGGACAGUGUCCUUUGAUCAGUGAAAACUGUCAUCUUGGGGAAUGGGGGGAGCCCUGCACUGCAGUAACUUGUGGUUCUUUUGACGUGAGGAAGCCUUAGUUUUUGGAAUAGGAAUGACAGAAGAGGUACUGAAGGAGACUGGGCUGGGAGAGCUGCAAAUACAGUAGUUUUGGGAGGCUUCAGUUACUUUUCAAUGGAGUGGGUGAAUGUUAAAUUUAUGCAUGAUGCUGCAACUAAAAGUGAGGAGACAACUGCGUUCUGGAACAGUUAGAGAACUCAGGAGAGGAAUUGAUUUUUAUUUGAUUCUGUGUGAGAUUAGGUUCAAAAUCUUCCCUCUGAAAGUUACCCUGACAGAGACUGUAAUCUUUCUGAGGCAUUAAAAGAUAAAUAUGACAGUGAUGCUUAAUUUAAAAUAAAAACCAAAAAACAUAAAAUUGAAGGAGCUUUUUUAAAGAAAGCAUAUAGAAUUGCCCUCCAAAAUCAGAACAUGUGUAGGUAGCAUAGGGAUUUAUUCAAAACAACACUUUAGAUUUUUUUGGUUUAAAAUGAAUACUAAAAUCUGUGCAGAAAAAAGUGUGGCCAAGAGUAUGAAGGACACUACUAAAAAAUGUCAUCAUGCAAAUACAUAAACUUAGCAGAUUUGUAUUCUUCUAUACUUGCCUUGUUUGACUAAAUUAGAUUAAAUAUACAGGAGUAUAGUCCAAAUAAGCUUGGAGGAACAGCUUGCAAAUGCAUCACUUAUACAUUAUUUUUCCAAAUGCCUCAGAAGUAGAAAGCCUCCUGGCUCCUCUAAGGCCUUUUGGUGAUCGAGGUGUAAAGGGUAUUGAGGGAAGAUACAACUGUGUAAUCUGUAAAUAGUUACACACAUCUACCUUGGGGAAUCUUGAAAGGUCACUGGUUGCCAUUCCAGAGUCCUUGUUUGUGAAAUCAAGACAGAGGAUCUGUCUCAGCUGAAGGGGUUGUAGAAGGAACUAGCAAAAUAAACACUAAGAAAGCAUUAAGUCCAAUAGCAUAACAAGGAAAUUUAUGAAGGAAAUCAGGAUGAAGGAUUAGAAACAAAACAUUACCAUGCAGCAUCUUGUUUCAUGCUGUUUGGUAGCAUGCUGCUGUAAUGGGAUCCAGGGACUAUCUGGAGUGGGAAAACUGUUCUGGCUGUGGUGGGUUAAACAGAACAGAAUAUAGUGCUUAUUCAUACACCUGAUAAUACUUCCACAGUGCAACUUUCAUAUGUACUGUUGUAUCUUGUAAGUUGCUUGAAGAGAACAAGUUGACUCCUGUACUUGGAUUUCCAAAGCAAUUGUUAAGGUUCCUUGCCAAAAGUUCUUUAACAAAUUAAACUGUCAUGAAAAAAGCUCAGAAUAUUGAAGCUAAAGAUGAAUGAUCUCUUCUCUCUUCAGACAUUAAUAACCUCAUCACUGUGGAAGACAGGACACUGAACUAAAUGUAUCUUACAGUUGUUGAUUUGCCAUUUUUUAAUGUUAGACUAAGAUUUAAAAAAACCCAAAACAACAGUGGUUGUGGAUGUAAACAGUAUAUGUCCACAAAAUAAUCUCUACUGAUAAAUACUUGAAUUUUGGUUUAUGUACUAUGGUUGCCCUUAGCUGACUCUGUUUUGUUUGUAUCAACAUUUUUUCAUAGAAUACUGAUUUCUUCAAAGGUUAUGUAAAUUAUCACGUUUUUUAUUUAUCCUCAUAAGUUGAAUAAUUGCUUUGCUAAAAUAAACUUCCAAUUUUCCCAGGAGGUUUGUGAUUCCAGAAUUGCCAUUUUAAAAACAUCUGCCAGCCCUGAAAAAAGUACUGC